GUGGUGGAGUCCAUGGGCGGGACGCGGAGCCGCUCCCGAUGGGAACCUAUAUAAGCGGAGACGCGCCUUACCGCGUAACACGAUCCUAUAACAAUCUCCACUGACAAACAACUUCACCAUGCGCUUCAUCGUGCAAUCGCUGCUCCUCUGCACCGGCCUUUCAUUGGCGCAGUACACCACCACCCCAGUCCCUAUCCUCAAGCAGAUCAACAGACACAACGAGGACGGGAGUUACAGUUACGGUUACGAAGCCGCGGACGGAUCCUACAAGAUCGAAUCGAAAUACCCGACCGGCGAGGUGUACGGUAAGUACGGAUUCGUGGACGACACGGGGACAGUGCGAGAGGUUAAAUACGACGCGGGUCACCGAGGAUUCGAGCCAGCGGGUCCUGGGAUUAACGUGCCACCCUCGACUCUGGCAGGAAAUGCCGUUGGAGAUCAAAAUCAGCCGGAGGAUGACGGCCAGUAUCGCGAGGAUCCGUCGAUCUACUACACGGAUCCGCGGUACACCAAUGGCGAGAAAUAUGAGAGACGCCCACCCCCGGCGGUGGCACCCCCCCGUCAGCAGUAUAAACAAUCUGGGCAGGAGUACAACCCACCGAGAUCGGGAUAUUCCACUUAUCAGCAGUACGAACCGGCGCAACGAGUGCAGCCCGUGGUGCAAUAUCCGGAGUACCAGAGGUACAAACAGCCCAGCAACAUCGAUACCUCGUCCUACACCGUUCAAUAUCGAAAGAAAUGAUAAUACUUACCCCGCCCCCGUCGAAGAAAAAAAUCCUGUAAAUAGUUUAAUUUAUCCCUCGGCAAAAUAAUUAACGAUUCACCACCUGAGUAAUAAAAACCCUCUAA